UAAUAUCGAAGCGCAGUAUCUUCGCGUGCGCAGAUAUGUUUAUUGAAGAUGAAAACUAUAAUUUUCUUUAUUGCUCUGGAAAUGACGAAUGAAAUUUUUAAAUAGGCCUCUUGACUACUUUUGUAUUUAUUUUUGAAAAAACUGUAAAAACACCUAACGAUGGAAAAACAAAGAUCAAGACAGAAGAAGAAAAAAGAUCGUACUAGAUUGGUUCAAUUGCAAUAUCAGAUUCCAGAUGCACCAACAAUGGAAGAAUUUGAAUGUUUAUUAGGUGAAUCUCCUACCAAUUAUCCAAAAGGUGAAGGUAUUGAAAAUAUAGAGAGUGAAUUACAUUCAGCAGCUAUUGAUAUGGAAGUGUACGAAAAAGAAAAUACAGAGAAAAUACAAAUCUUUAUAAACCAAGAAAAGGAAGAAGCAAGCUCUUCAGCACAAAUACUAGAAAGUGCAUCUGUAGAUGAACCAGAUACUGUUAAUACAUUAGUAUCUGCACCAUUUGAGGAAGAUUUGGAACAGUUAAUUGAUGAUACUCAUUCGAGGAUUUCAAAUAUUCAAAUAAAUCAAUCUGCUCCAAGCGCUCCAAUUUUUGAUGAAGUUUUUCACACAAUACCUAUUAAGGUAAUAACAUCUCAAGUUUUUGAAAAAAUGGAAACGGGAAAGGAAACUAAACAAAUAGAAUUUUCUCCUCAGUCAAAUAUGAGCAAUAAUCACAAGAUUGUAAAACCAUUUGUUGAAGCUCAAUUAGCUGCGCUAUACAGUAAUCAAGAAUUAAAUGCAGUUGAAGCCUUUGUCAAUGAAUUCGUAGAAUUUCAACUACGAAAUCAUGCUGUAAGACAACAUAAACUUUAUGAACUUCUCAUGACCUAUCUUCGUGUACGAAAUCAUUUCAUAGUUAAUUUACACGAGUUGGAAAAUCUUAAGAAAAUUUGCAAGGAAACACAGAAACAGUUAUGGUGCUUAGAUAAAGCUUCUAUAACUGAAACAGGUGAAUGCCAGGAUGGUAAUCCAGUGACUGCAACACACGAUUAUGCAAUUGCCCACUUUAAUCAGCAAAUACUUGUUGCUCUUACUCGCAAUCUUACAGCCAUAAAAGAAUCUUUACAUAAUGUUCAAGCUCUUUAUUGUUAUGAAGUUGAGACUCUUCGCCUUCAGAUUGAUCAGUAUAUUCAGCGAGUCUGUAUGUCCGGCAAGAAGUUAGCAAAUUUAACUGCCAAUGCGCCAGUAAUUCUCGCGGAGUACCAACCAACAUCCUAUGCAGUACCACAAUUAGUUGAACUAAGGAUGUGCAUCACGGUACUCUUUAAUUUUCAAAGGAGAAUUUUGAAAGAUGGGAAAUUCAUCGGAGACACACGAGAUUGGCUAUCAAAGCUCGUUGCCAUUUUACUGCGAAUGGCUACAUGGCAAGAUCACUUGUUUUUACUCAGUCAUAUUUUGAGAUGUCCUGGUGGGGUGGCAAACUGGGCGCAAGGUUUUAUACAGGUACCGGUACCUGUAAAAAACAGCCCAAUCGUAUUAACUACAUCUCCACUCAAUGAUGCCCAUUUGGAUCAUAUCCUUGCCACAUUAGCUAUUAUUUUAAUGCCUGUUAAGGAAAGAGAAAAGUUUCUCGAACAAGUUCAAAUAACACUUCAGGAAACAGGAAAUAACGAAGGAGACACCGUAUGGGUAAUGCUGGACGAAGAGGGAGAAGAGGACGAGGACAUUGCCAAUAUUGGUGCUAAUCUCUUUGAAAGUGAUCUUAUUUCUCUACUACAUCAAAUACCUCUGAACAAGCUAUUUGAGCAAGUAUUACACAUCAAGCGCGACAGUAAUGAAGAUUAUAGACAAGAUCGUAAAUUUAUAACGGAAUACCAUAUACUACGGAUAUUCGCUUUUUCCACUGUAAUUGUUAGAUUACUGAAAAGAGGUCUGAAGACUUAUGACUCACCUAGGUAUCGGCAACUAGCCAAGAGACUUAGCGCUCUUAUACGUGACGUUGUUCAGUACGCUAGUGAUUUGUGGGAAUCUUAUGACAAAAAUGAGAUAACCGAUCCAUCUAUGCUGCUAAGGUUGCAAACGGAGUACGACUGCUUUUUUUUUCGAGCUACAUUGUGCAUUUUUUCAUCAAGACGUUUGGGAGCAUGGCAAUAUUUAGCAGCUUUACCAUAUCGGAUAAUUUCACUUUCCACUCUUUGGCAGAUAUUUUACAUUUUACAUACAGACUCAAUACCGAAUGAUACGCUUAAUCAAUAUAGUACAUUAGAAUGGGAAAAUAAGCUGAAUUCGCAGACUUUACGUAUAGAAUUUGAAGAGAAGCUCAGUAAUCUGCCUGGAGACGAAUCAUACUUUUUAUUAACAACUUUUGCCAAUAUGGCCAUGGCAAGAACCAAUCAAGAUUAUAAAUUUGUUCAAGCAGCUACAAUAGAUCUUUUUCAGAUCGGAUUUUUAAGCUCAAAAACUCAAGAUUGUUGUUCCAAAGAUGCAAGAUCACUUUUAUCUAAUCUUACUAGCAAGUAUCCCUUACUUCUGUCAGAUAUUAUUGCAAAACUUAAAGAUAACUUUGCAUCUGUUGGAAAGUUAAGUUUAUAUCUUUUUAUGGAAUUAAAUAUAAGUUGUUGGAUCCCAAACGAUGCAGAUUUUAAAAUUCUUUCUAAUUGGCUGGAUCAAUAUGAUCUUUCUUCAACAGAAAGCCAUUUAUCUCGAUUAAUUAUUUCACAUUUAAAUUACGGAUUUGAUAAUUACGAAAACUUAUAUUUACCUCUUGAUUUUCAUCAACGACUAGCAUUACUUAUUGUUCAACUCACAAUUAAAUAUGCCCCUGAAAAUAUUUCAGUUCAAACUACUUCGUUAUUAUCAGAAGGAGUUAAACAGAUGUCAUCGAUGGUGCGGCCUCAAAGUAACGAACAGAUAUUUGUUUUCUGGGCUUGGGAAACUCUGACAAGGCUUCGUUUGCAUCAAAUGGAACAGUCAGAAUCAGCAUGUCAGUAUGCGAUAUCCAGUCCAGAACAAGCAUUUGCCUGCGUAUUAGACCUUGAGUCUGAUGAUAGUCUUGAUAUUUUGCUCACUGGAUUACGUAGCAAACAGCCAAUUGCUUGCUACGCUGCCGUAAGAAUGACCCUUUAUGGACAUUCAGUGCCACUCAUUUGUUCUAAGGCUUUUGAGUUAUUACAGGUGUUACUAUGCAAUUGCAAGUAUGAACAAGUAUUGAUAGUAUUGAACGAUUUAGUGCCUCUUUUUCUAGACUGUCCAGAAUCAUUAUUGAGUAAUGACACAUUUAUGAAAAUAGUGCUACGACUUAUAUGUGUCGAAAGAACAUAUAUGAAAAUGGCAAAGAGUCUAAUUGCUUCUGAUUUUCCAGGACCUUUAUUGAAGGUUUUUGCAAAUAUGAUUGAAUAUCAGUUACAAAAUUCAAAAAGAUUUUGCUUGCAAUCACCAGAUCCAUUGGUUAAACUCUGGCUUAAUAUAUUUGUUUUGAUUCCUGAGUGGAACAGAGAUCAAAAUAUAAUGUAUUUGAUGGAUACUUUAAUACGAGCUUCGUUCUUUCAUCUCGGAGCAAGAGCAGUUACAGAAAAUAUUUUUCAAAAUCUUUUUACAAGUAUUACGGCGGUACGCAAUUCAGGUUCGAGCUUUGGAUCAUUCAUCAUGAGCUGGGCUACUGGUUCAUCUCAUUUAUUGAGUCUCCUAGGAGGCUCGAGCCAAUCAAUCUGGGUAUCAUAUCAAAUACUUUAUACUGAACAACAGGAACGUGAAAUCAAGACUGGACUCUGGCGCGAGUUACUUUUCGAGCUUUCAAAUGAGAAUAAAUCGAUGGAUGUCGCUUUCAAGAAAGUAUGCUCCAAUUUAAAAAUUCAGAAUUUCGGAUCGAAUAAUUUAGCUAUAUAUCGAUGGUCACAGCAAGCCCUUGAUACAUCAAUGGAUCAUCCGCUUCUUCCACUAUUGUGGCAAAAUUUUUUUACUCUUUUUCUAGCUCGAGUUCCUAGUACAACAGGUUCUGUGAAUAAAGGCUGUGUCGGGGGUAAGUUUUUUGAGGGCAUGAUAAAUCUGAGCUAUUUCAAAAAGUUAAAGAAACGACUACUCGAUACAAUGGAGCAUUUUCAACUAAAAGCAGGCAAUGAUGUGCAUGAUGGUAAACCAAUGACUGAUGAGAGACGCGUUUUUUAUUUAAACACUGCUAAAUAUUAUAAGACUCUGAGUUUGUGGCUAGAGGAACCUCGACUCCAAGAGUCUGGACUUUAUUUGCCCGCUUUACCACCGCAAUACAUGUCUCAAAAAUUAAUCGCGAUAUUACAAAACGAUCAGAAUCCAUGGUUGGAAUACAUCGAUUAUUGGGCGGUACAGAAAGAUCGACUGAAAUCACUACAGGAAUGGCAGAUCUGUUGUUACCAGAAUGCUAAUAACUCAGGAUCAAAGCUAUUAUGCCAGACCCCAACAACGCCUGUCGAACCGGCCGAUCCUUUACAGCGUAUUUUUCGUCGACUGAACAGUUAUGAGCAGCCUGUGUCACCGCCUCCUCUUAGCCGUUAUUCGCGUUUAGCUAGUCACAUACCUAGAGAAUGUCUUUACGAUACUGAGGCCAUCGUUGAUCUCAUUAAGCCACACCUCAAGGUUAUUCUAGAUUACGCUCAAACGUUCAACCUUAUGGUUUCGGAACAUACGGCAGUAGAUUGCAGCUUUUUAGAGUUGGUGCCCACAUUGUAUAAGGAAGUUGAAAACCAAGUAACGUUAUAUGCCCUUUGUGACCAGGCCCCGUCAGGACAAAGACGUUUACAAACUGGUACGCCACCAAUUGUACAUUGUGCUGGUGCCGCCGUCAUUAAAAUCAAAGUUUCAGAAGCUCGGGUAAGCGAUGGUGUGGAUCAUAUGAUAAGUCAAAAUCGAGCAGAAUAUGAAAAUGUAUUAGUGAAGGCAAGUCAAGCACCGCCUAGUAAAGUUACUGAAGGAUGUGUUUUCAUCGAUCAUCUUAUAACGCUUUUAGAAUAUGAGUUAACUAUUAAUCGUACCACUGAAAAUUCUUCGGUCUUAUCGAAAGUGCAAGAGUCCGGUGUUAAUCUUUUUUAUCAUUUAGUGCAGUUGUAUACAGAAGAAGCUGCUUUAUGUCCACCUACAAAACAACUCAUUACAACAUGUUUAGAAAAAUUAGGACAAUUGUUCAUAAGUGGCGAAGAAAGUCAAGGAUCACGAUUGCUCGUAACAAUAAUAGAACGACCUAAUCUUGGUGGACUUCUUGGUCCACAUUUCACUCCUGUUGCGGGAGGCGCAUACACCUUCCUUCAGAUGUAUCAAACUAUCGUUGAAUUAUCCACUGGCAAUAAUAUCGAUCUUUGUUUUGUUCUACUCACUAAGUUCGACGUGGGUAGCUGGUUGAACUACCGCCGGCCGCGGUUGAGCGAACGCUCAAUGUUCAUCGAGCUGGUGAUGCGUGCCCUUUGCAACAUCGGUCUCCAGCCAAGUGAGGAGCGGCUUGUGUUGCACGAGUUGUACCGCAAUCACCUACGGCUUGUUCUUCUUCAUGAGUUCCCGGAACACUAUGGCGAGGUACUAAGUGCGGUGUUGCGUGGCAGCGAAAACCAGAGUCUUGCCGUUGAUGUAUGGCAAGACCUCCUCGAGGCUCUCAGCGGCAAGCCCAAGAGCGUGCCUUCGCUCCUGAAUGUGGGUAGGGCUCGCGAGGAAAUCAGACGCUACGCAACCGAGCAGAAGCUCCUUUCGCGACAAGAGAUACAUGAUACAGCAAUAUUAUUGAGCAAACACUUUAUGAAUGAACGUUUACAAUAUGGUCUUUAUGGACUCUAUCCAAAGUAUCGAAUCUACAAUGAAGCUCUAACAAUGUUUCUUGGGAUGAUCGGGCACGCUCUCGUUGUUCUUACUCUACAAUUUGAUAGAGGUUCUUUGGCUGAUCAGUUAUGUGAAAAAAUUUGGCCCGUAUUGAGUGAUAUGUUUGCACCUUGGAUCGUACCCUAUUGGACACGAAAUUUACGCGAACCUACGGCGGCUUGGAUUCAACAGCUCACAGACGAUCGAUCAGUUCUUUUACCUUGGAUCAUCACUGAUGGACCCUACGCUAAUCGCACGGUUUUGAUAUUUGUCGAAUGUAUUCGCUUCAUCAUCGAUACAAUGCCAGCAUCUAAUAAGGUUCUUUGCUUUCUUUGGCAAUUUUAUGUAACAAAUUAUGCCCAUGCAUCUAUUAAAGAUCACAUUUUGAAUGUUGUGCAUGGAAAUUUCUUAACAUUGUCAUGGGAUAAAUUCAAUCCCAGUAUAACUAAUGUUGAAUUCAUGGUCAAGGUGAUCGAUCAGUAUCUCCCAGAUAGUCACUUGUUUCUGGGUAGUGUGUUCGUAAGUGUUAAUUGGUCACAAUGGAUGAUUGAACUGAUGAAUAAUCAGCCACUGCCUGUCGCAACACGCAUCCACAUUUGUUUUCUCAAUCUAGUGGUAAAGCUGUCAAAUGAACCUAAUGUCAGACAAAAUGAACGUGCAAUCACAAUUGUUCAAGAUGCUGGAAAAUUCUGUUGGUACUUAUUAGAUUCUGCAGCUUAUGACCAGAUAAUCAAUUGGCACGUUAUGAGUUGUGAUCCGAAGGUUGUUCUCGGUCUUGGUACUGAGCAUAAUCACCCACUCGAUAUAGCUAUUCAUAAUUUGUUAAAAGUAGUAGCUGCUUAUGAUCCGACCGUGGUACAUUUACACCCGACUACGUUAAAAAAACGCCAAAUGUAUGUAAGAUCGUCAGCGAAGCUCUUAGUGAAUUGUACAACAAGAUACAAGUCAUUUGUAUCAACAAAUAUUAAAGCUUUCACAGACGCUUUAUCUCGAAUGCUGGAUGAUAUGGAGUCAGUUAUUACUAUGACGGUAUCAGAGUCCCUGCAGGUGGUGGAAGCAGGCCUCUUGGUAACGGAGCUCCUACACUCAGUAAACCAAAGUAACGUGCUUGUCGAACAACUUCGUACUAGCUGGGCUACCUGGCUACUACAACGUUCUUCAUAUAGUCCGAUACUUCUUGGUAUAUUAAGAGUUAUUGGAGUCGCUGUUGUCUCACCCUCCACUCUCGGCGAGAUUAUGGAAGCUGCCCUUGAAGCUUACUUCAAACACAAUGUUGUUGAGAGUAGUCAUCCAACCUGGGCAGCGGUCUUAACUAUUUUGCAACCCUUAGCUCCGCGACAGUUACCGAUUGAAAAUGUACUUGUCACCGAGGGUCGUAUUCUUGCCCUUUAUGCCAUCCUUCUUAAACGUUUACCAUCUUGCCACGAUAUUAGAGAAGAGGGUAUGCUUCUAACAAAUCUUAUCGAUUGGAUUACAGCAAUUAAACCCACUGACAGAAUUGAAGAGAAGUUGCCGCUUUUAUGGGCAAAAGCGCUUGAAUUGAUCUAUCGCCAGUGUCAAUACAGCGAAAAUACGAUAAUAGCAAUUCGUGCGCUCAAAGGCCUUGCAAAAGCUCUACAAAUAGUGGCCGAUGAUGCUGCUCAAGGUUGGGGUAUUCUUGGAGCCAUCGGACUUAAGAAAAGCUCUCAGCUUUCUCCAAGGUGUAAGUUCCUGUCCAGAGCCCUCGGUGUGUUCUGUUUGGCGCAGUUACCAGAAUUGCGUCAGGCAGAUUUAACACUGGAUCAAGAACAGCAACAACAGCAGCAACAAAUUGUUCGAUUCAGACCUCAUUCACCCGGAGUGGCACCGCCUCGUGUUGGUGCCGAUCCGGAGGAAAUGGAGGCGCGACCCAGUGUUGAAGCGGUUCGUGCGAUGCAAGCUCUGGAAGUUCUCGCGGCGAAUAAACAGUACGCGGAAUUGCGUACUGAUGUUGAGCAGUCGGUGCGGAUGAUACGAGAUUCGGCCAAUUCAUUGCAUAACGCUCUUGAAAUAUGCGGUUCCCUCGUUGCUGAACUCUACAGUCAAGGUUAUCUUCACGUCCUAACGGAGUGAGGAUGGCUACUGGGCGGAUUAGCUGAGGACGGAUUGCCGCACUACUCCUGCCGCUCCAAUAUGAGCUUUCACUUCGACCACUUUGCACGAUGAGGAGACCUCAUUUCAUUCUUUUAUUUUUUUCUACCAUGACAACGAGUUACUCAGUGUCUUUUAAUUCGGGCGUUACUUUCUUUAACAAAAUUUUGAAUGAAUGGUUCUGAGUAAGCCCUUACUGGAUACAUAUAUUUUUUAAUUAUUGAGAUCAAAUGCAUAUUUUUUUUUUGUUUCUU